AUCUGAGCAAACGCCACUUCGGGAUAGAAAGACUGUGAGGCRGCCAUCAGGAGGGGGGCGGACAGGAAGGGGAUGAGCCCUGAAAGGCCGAGAGACGUGAGGCCACCCAGCUUACAGACUGGACCCUCAGCAGCCUGGUGGAGGAAGCUGGUCCGUGUGGCACAAACACGAGGGAGGACUGAGAAGGAAACCGCAGCCGGGGAAGAUUCAGUUUGCCGUGGAGCACARACCUGCGAACAGUCAGCAAAACAAGUGAAACCUGCACUGGAACUUCCUGUGGGCCCAAAAAUAGCUAAAUAUAAAGAAGAGAAGAUCCACCUCACAACUUUUACUGGAUGCAUGCUUUUUUCUUCUAAUAUUCUUUUUUUUUCUCCAAUCAGAUAAAAGUUGAUCAAGUUGUGGUCAGAGUUUGUUUUUGGGAUUUUGCUUUGUGCCACUUGAGACGGCUCUUUGACCUUUGACCUCUAUGAAAUCAGAGCUAAACUCUCUUCCUGCUCCAAUCAGAAAAUCAAAGCUCAUUAAAUGGGCGUCUCACAGAUGUGAUUGUCUAACCAGCAGAGACAGAAAUGUCAUUAUGAUGCAUCCCUCGGCUCUGUUUCACUAACCUGAACUGAAAAUGACAGCGAUGUAACAUCGGGCUUUACUUCCCUUCUUGUCAUGUGACUUUGAACUUUUUGCUCUUUAUUUUUUUCAAACUAAGACAGUCUUUUCACCAGUUUGAUGAGGUGAACACUAGUUUCAAGRGACCUCUGCUGCCAGUAAAAGACUGUCUAACAAUUCGUUUUUUUAUUUAUUAUUUUUUUCCUGCAUGCAUUUAAUUUGAUCUGAAAAUGAUUCGGUAGACAUCAGCUCAGAAGUGUACUGGCACACGGUGGCAGGACAUCGCCCGUCUCUUCCUCUCGCUGGUGGGACUGCUUCACGGCUGCUGUCCAUGCUCCAGGCCGGACAGCGUCCACAGACUUUUUGCUCYUUGUGAAAAUAAAGACGGGAUCGACUUUUCAUCACCACUGGGACAAAUCACUUCUCGCAUCAAAUCAUUUUUGCCAAUCAUCAGCAAGUUCAAUCAGGUUUUGAGACUUUUUCAUGAUGCUUCCAAARCCCUGAAGGAAUCAGUGUGCUAGCUACUAAAUAUAUAUAUAAAGAAAAGACCUGGAAUCAUUAGAAUUAACGAGAGGUGACAUCAUCAGGAGGACUGCUUGAGUUUGAUUCAAAAAGGAUCAUCAUCCAAUCAUAGAUCAUCGUGCUUCUUCCAAAAAUCCACUUCCUGUGCGGCUAGCUUUCUGAWUUCCAGAUCAUUCCAGCUAACGUUUUGAGAAGGGGUCUUCCUCUGGAGAAAGGYGCCGUUCCGGUGGAGGCGGCGUGGGGGUUUUUCCGUGUGCUGCUCCCCAUCUGUCGGUGCACGCUCCCCGUGAUCAGCGCCAGCAGGCCUGAGGAACCGAGCCGGACCAGGAGAGGAGGCAGAGGACUUCAGAGCCACAGACUCUGGGAUCCUGGCCAUGAGGUUUGAUGCCUCGAUCCACUGACCGGAAACACUGGACCUAAAUGGCGCAGCAUGACUUUGUUCCUGCCUGGCUUAACUUCUCCACACCCCAGCCUGCCAAGUCCCCUGCUGCCAACCUUGACAAGCAAGGUGAGCCUCACCACCACAGAGACGGCCGACCCGCUGUGAGCCGCCGCCGCCACAACUCCUCUGAUGGUUUCUUCAACAACGGCUCCCUGCGCGCUCCGGCAGGUGACGGGUGGCAGCAGCCGUCGCUGCUUCUGAGGCAUGACUCUGUGGACUCGGGGGUGGCCAAAGGCGGGCACGGUGGACUGGCAGGGAGUUCCUGUUGGAAGGAAACACCCAGCUGGCACGGAGCUCCCCGCAGCGCCCAGGACGGCCACCACCACCAGGGACGCCACCCCAAACGGAGCGGGGCCGACAGGGACAGGCAGGGGGGGCACAGGCAGCGCAACGGCAACUUCCAUCCCCGCAAGGGAACCUCGUACCAGGACAAGUUCCCCAACGAGGAACGCAAAGACAGCAAGGACGACAAGCUGAAGUUUGUGGAGGAGGACUUUCCCUCCCUCAACCCUGAAACAACUGGAAAGCCUGGGACUCAGGUGCGAGCAGUGGCUCCCCAUGCUGGGGUGUGGGAAAAUCCCCCCAGUGGCAAACAGAUGGUGUCCAAAAUGCUGGUCAUCAAGAAGGUGACCAAGGACGACACAGGCUCCGCCUUCUCUGCUGGGUUUGCCACUGCGGGCGCCUUGCCCACCAACGGCAGCAAAGCUCCCAUCACGGGCUCCAGCGUCUACAAAAACCUGGUCCCAAAGCCUGCCGUGGCCCCCACCAAAAGUACCCAGUGGAAAUCUGGAGGGAGAGAGAUCACAAAGCCUGGUCUUCACAUGCCAGGCCGGGAUUCAGUUUUCACCAGCCCCGUUUCUGCAGCCAAACCCAGCACCACAGUCAGCGCACCCCAGCACCCCCCCCAGAAAGAGCUCCCCUCCAGCACGACUCCUCCCAUAGACAUCGCUCCAUCCAGGCUGAAGCUGAUGCGCCGCGGCCCGGAUCGUAAGAGCGAGUUCCUGCGAGCUCUGAAGGACGAGGGCACCGGAGAGAUGACGACCAGCAGCAGCCCGGGGACAUCAGGAGAGGGCGAAGGCAGCACCCCAGAGCCCAAAGCCUACAGCGAGGAGGUGUGCCACGAGAACGGUCUCUCCUAUUCCCCCAGCGACUCGGACAUCGAGCACCUGUCCAGCUCCCUGGAGGCAGAGCACAGGUUGCUGAAGGCCAUGGGCUGGCAGGAGUACCCAGAAAACGACGACAACUUCCAGCCUCUGACCGAGGACGAGCUGAGAGAGUUCCAGACUAAAACUGAACAGCUUAAGAAGAACGGCGUUCAAAGAAACGGGUUUCUCCCGAGGACGCGGGGCGUGACCCUCCACUUCACCCCCUGGAGGAGUGUGGCGGAGGCGCACGACGAGGAGGGCUCCGAGUCCGAAACCAGUAGCAGCAGCCAGACUUCAGACGACGAGGACUGCAUCAAAUCCUAACAUGGCUUUAUGGAACAAAAACCCAAGAACAGAACGGCCAACACCACAUCCCAGCAGAAGCAGCCCCGCCCCCUCUCCUCUUCUUUCUUCUUCUUUGAUUUUUAGGGCACCAAUUUGAGUUUCUUGAUUUUUAUUUUUAUUUUCUUGGUUCUUGCACAAGGGAAAAACCAAUCAUAUCCCAGUGAAGGAGGAGAUUCCUGCUCUGCCAGACGUCAUUUUCCCUGCGUUUCCUCCUUCACUGCAGUCUUUGACCUCUGACCCCCCCCCACCCCCACCCUCCUUUUUUGUUUUUUCCUGGCUUUAUGGAACUGAAGUGUUCAUCCAGAAAAGAAGGGCAAUGAAUGCACACUUGAUUCUGCUUUAAACAGACUAACUCAUUUCAUUGAUGAUGCCGAUGACACAUUAUUAAUGAUAUUAAUAAAAGUUUGUUCCUGACAAGCUGAUCCAGUUCACUAUGA